ACAAUAAAUAAUGCCUCAAGAUGAUGACAAGUUAAAUGCCUUUUUAGCUGUAACCUCUGCUGACCCAGAACUAGCACAACAGUUAUUGGAUAGUAACCAAGGUGAUUUAGAAAAGGCAAUAGAAUCCUACUUUGCUAUAAAUGAAGCUCAAAUAGAGCUUGACCAUACCCCGACGCAAACUCCGGUGGUAGACACUAGCAGCGAAGAUGCACUGCCGCAUCCUCACGCACCACCUUCUGUUGAAGAUGAUGAAGAAGAGGUUAUACCAGUGAGGAGACGGGAACCAAGAAGAAGAAGUUCAAAUGGUGGUCCACAAAGAGAGACAAACAGAGAUUCUGGGCACCCUAAUCACGUUGGUUUUCCAGAAAACUUGACAGAAGGAAGGUUGGGUGAACUCUAUGCUCCCCCUUCUGACCUUAACUUUGAGGAUUCUUAUGAACAAGCACUACGGAAAGGAAGAGAAGAAAGCAAAUGGGUUUUGGUUAAUUUGCAGCAGAAUGAGAACUUUUUAUGUCUUUUGUUGAAUAGAGAAGUUUGGUCGGAUUCCACUAUUAAAGAGUUUAUUCAGUCGAGUUUUAUUUUUUGGCAACGUGACGUUCUUUCGGAGGACGCAAUGCAGUUCUGUGCGCGAUAUUCUGUAAAUAGCUUUCCUUUUGUUGCUGUGAUUGAUCCUCGCACUGGAGAGAAAGUGUUGGAACCUAGCUUGGAAGAGAAUGAUAGAAUAGAAAAGAACUAUAUAGUAUCAAAUCUUUGUAACUUUCUCGAGACUAAUGUUUUAGAUGAAUGGACCGCACCACGAGGAAGUCGAAGAAGUGGAGCUGUUCAUUCAAAUAGUCACAGUCUUCGGUCAUUUCCUGUGAGUAACGACUCUGCUGAAGAUGAGGCCAGAGAUAGUUGGCAACAAGUAGAUGAGAAUGAAGAUGCACAGUUGGCUGAAGCUAUUGCUGCGUCAUUGGAAGACCAGGAAGGUCCCUCUUCAUCAUCGGAGAUGAUGGGAUAUGGCGAAUUUUAUACGAAUGAAGUACCUUUAACACGUAAUGAUAGUGAAAGUCGAAUUGCUUCACAGUAUGCUUCUAUGACUGACCCUCAUCUUACUGAAGAGAGAGAACUUAAGAUGGAACAGGAUGCCGCUUUAGCAGCAGCAGAAGCUGCAGAUCGUGCACGAUUGUCGCGUGUUGAAGAAGAAGAGCGCCAGAGACUUUGGCAGAAAGAAAUGGAGCAAAAACAACAAGAAGAACUUGAGGCAUUGGAGGCCACCAAGCACAUGAGGCAACGAAUGAAAAAGUCAGUAUUGAAAGAUGAACCUGCUGAGAACAGUCCACACGUUACAGAGUUGCUCUUAAGGUUACCAGAUGGACGAAAAGUUGUGAGGAGAUUUCAAGACAAUGAACCAUUGCAAGCAGUAGUCGAUUUUGUGGUUUAUGAAACAGGAUUGUCUGAGGAGGAGUUUCAGUUGAUUAUUCCAUAUCCACGCAAGGUUUUGGCUGACUUAGACGUUACACUAGAACAGUUGAAUCUUACCACGAAGGCGGCAUUGAUAGUAGAGCGUAACUGAGACAAUUUCAUGUUGUAAGAAAUUCAUUCGUACUACUUUUCACUGUGA